GUCAAACGUCGAAUACAUCAUUGUUGUCAUCUUAUUUCAACGCCUAUAAUCAUAAUCAAAUAGAUAGCUCAUCACCCUCUCAUUUUAAUAUCUACGAACAAAAUAUUACACUUGAUUUUUUGCCACCUUGUUUUAAUACAUACAAACUCGCUUUACCUUAUUAUAGAUAUGAACAUAAUAUUGCAAACGUUUCAUCGUUUUAUCCAAAUGCCUAUGAGUACUAUGAUAAUAUAAAUAUUUCAUUGUCACCUUACCUUGACCUUUAUAGAUAUGAUAGUGCUAUGUCAACAUAUGUUAAUUUCCAAAGCUCUAGUGAAUCAUUAACUGAAUCGAAUGUUGAAGCUCAACCAGAAGGUGCAGAUAAUGGGAUUUAUAAUGAGAGAAAAAAUAAUGAGCACAAAGAUAGUAAAAAUGAGAAGGAAGGAAAAAAUAAUUUAUUAGUACUAU